AAUCCCACUAGUGGAAGCGGGACGGCAAGCUGGGGUGCGAACGGGAGAACUCAUAUUUUUUCGACAUCCAUCAUUCAACAUACAUCAGCGAAACAAACUUUCGGGUGAAUUUAUUGUAGUGAAAAAUCGGUAAAAAAUACCUGCGAAUCCGGAAUUACGGUGCGACAUCUUACGCUGGAAGUUGCCGUCCUCGAGGGGAACGUGUUUUUGCGCUUGAAUUCGAGCCUGCAGUUAUAUAAUUUCGAUUCUCCUGUGCCCGUAAAAAAGCGAAAAAAAGAAAGGUUCGGGUGGUGGGUCUUGGAUGCAGCAGGAGGACAGUGUCUAAUCCAGUGGAAGCAGAGUGACAAACAUCGAUACGGGGAUUCGAAGUGCUGCGUUACUGAAUGGGAUUUUACCGCCAGCAAUCAGCUUCCGACAGGGUAGGCAUACACAGCAACGACAGCUCCACGGGUUGUGCAAGGAUUUGAGGCUGCUUCUUGCUUUCGAUUCAUCGAUAAUAUUUUCACCAAAACGGCCACUAUAGCUAAGAAGCAUCUUUGAAAACGUGCGCUUGCUUUACACAAUCCAAUCAUGGACAACGACGGCCUGUCAAACGAGCAAACAGAGAAGGUACUCCAGUUCCAGGACAUCACGGGCCUGGACGACAUCAACGUGUGUCGAGACAUUCUGAUCCGCCACCAGUGGGACUUGGAGGUGGCAUUCCAGGAGCACUUGAAUAUCCGCGAAGGACGCCCAUCUGCCUACGCCACCGAAUCCCGAGCGCCACAGGUCGUCAACGAUCGCUUUCUGCAGCAUGUGUUCGCGGCCCAGCGAGGGCCCAGCGUUCCGGUGCCGUCCGGAAUCGGUGGCAUGAUCGGCUUCGUGGUCAACUAUGUGUUCAACUUUUGCUACAGCACGCUGUCGUCGAUAGUGACCGCAUUUCUCAGCUUAUUCAAAGAUCGAGAACGAAUUGUAACCGAUCCCCUAGGAGAUGUUUUAAACUUUAUUCAAAAUUAUAACGAAAAGUUCCCGGAACACCCGGUGUUUUAUCAGGGCACAUAUGCUCAAGCAUUGAACGAUGCCAAGCGGGAGCUCAAAUUCCUUCUAGUCUACGUGCAUUCCGAGUCAAAAACGGAAACGACCAGUUUCUGCAGGGACACCCUGGCCAAUCCUCAGGUAAUCGAGUACGUCAACCGACGGAUGCUGUUCUGGGCAUGCGACGUAUCUUCCCCGGAGGGAUACCGUGUUUCGCAUUCCAUCAAUGCCCGGACGUAUCCGGUGCUGGUCAUAAUUGCCCUUAGGGCGAACAAAAUGGUCAUAAUGGGCCGCAUGGAGGGUUACUGCAGUGCCGAGGAAUUGAUACGACGCCUGGAAACCGUAGUGAACGACAAUGAAGUUUGGCUCAACCAGGCCCGACAGGAUCGACUGGAACGUGAUCUCACGCAGACCCUGCGGCAACAGCAGGACGAAGCAUACCAAAUGUCCCUGCGAGCGGACCAGGAGAAGCAACGUCGGAAACGGGAGGAACGCGAGGAAGCAUUACGCGCCCAGCAAGCGAUCGAAGCCGAACAGAUGGCCGAGCAGCAACGUUUGGAAAACAUCGAGAGGCUCAAGCUGGAACUGGCCUCCCAAGUGCCUUCCGAGCCGGAAUCUGGCGCACCCGGUACAAUCAGCAUAGUUUUCAAACUUCCCAGUGGCCUGCGAUUAGAGCGGAGAUUCCAUGCGUCCAAUACCCUCAAGGACGUUCACAAUUAUAUAUUCUGCCAUCCGGAUGCGCCGGAUUCGUUCGAGGUCACUACCAAUUUCCCAAAGCGAGUGCUACAGUGCGAGGUUGAUAAUACCGUGGUAACUCUUGUCGAUGCGGGAUUGAAAAAUCGGGAAGUGCUAUUCGUAGCAGACUUGGACGCAUAGAGGUAAAGAUAGAGCACCGAUCUGGCCAACAUCGGUUAACAACUAAUCGAGAGCAUAUAAUAGUCCUAUAAGCAAAGCAAACACUAAGUUGUUAGGAUUGCGAAAAGAAUUGAUGAUCAUGAGACUGCAUGUGUGUAUGUGUGUCGAAGAACGAUUGUGUGAAAAGCGGAAACGCCGGUUGGAAUGCAAUCAGGAAAUGGUUACGCGAAUGCGCGCAGAGUAUCCUAUUUACUGCACACAUUCAUUUGCUUUGGAAUGUGUCUUCUCUCUGUUCGUUAAUGUAAUGAAAGAAAUUUACAAUUGGAUAAUCAUUUUCAUAGAUACACAAUACAACCAUUGGGCACUAAACUCACGAAAUUCGUAUUUUAAAACUACAAGAUAAUGUAAAAUGAGUAAUUUGUUUUGAUUCUUUACUUAAACCACAACUAGUUGGAUAUAAUUCGCAGGAUAACACAAUUUUUCUCCGCUGUAAAAUGAUACAAACUUGAAAGUCAAACAUUUCCCCUCAACAGGAAACAUUUUUUUUCAAUAAUGGUUUUAUAAUACAGCCGUACGUUUACUUAAUAAGAAUCGUACCCAUUGUGGAUGAUACAACAAAAAGCAUUAAUCGUUUCGUUAUUUUUUUUGAAUAGAAUCCUUA